GCGCAGGGGCGGCUGGGCUGCGCCGUACUAGCGGUGCCAGCCGAAGGGGGAGGAGGCGGAGGAGCGAGCCGCACGGCCAGAGCGGGAAAGACACUCGUGUCGGUGUCCGAGCGGUGGCGCCGCCUCACCUCGGCUCCCUGUGGCUUCAGCUGGGGCUGUGAAGGGCUGGGGGUCAGCUGUCCCCUCAGGCUCUCCAGAGAGCGACCCGCGGGAUCGAGAAGAUGGAGGAGAAGGGCGGCGGCGGCGGCGCGGGCAGCGGCGACGAGCAGCUCCUCACUGUCAAGCACGAGCUGCGGACCGCCAACUUAACGGGACAUGCAGAGAAGGUGGGAAUUGAAAAUUUUGAGCUGCUGAAAGUCCUAGGAACUGGAGCUUAUGGAAAAGUGUUUCUAGUUCGUAAAAUAAGUGGUCAUGAUACUGGAAAGCUGUAUGCAAUGAAAGUUUUGAAAAAGGCAACAAUCAUUCAGAAGGCUAAAACCACAGAGCAUACGAAGACAGAACGACAGGUUCUAGAGCACAUUAGACAGUCACCAUUUUUGGUGACACUGCACUAUGCUUUCCAGACAGAAACCAAACUUCAUCUCAUCUUAGAUUAUAUAAAUGGUGGAGAACUUUUUACUCAUCUUUCUCAAAGAGAGCGUUUCACAGAGCAUGAGGUGCAGAUCUAUGUUGGAGAGAUUGUGCUUGCCCUCGAUCAUCUGCACAAGUUGGGGAUUAUAUAUCGUGACAUUAAGCUUGAGAAUAUUCUACUUGAUUCUAAUGGCCAUGUGGUGCUGACAGAUUUUGGUCUGAGUAAGGAGUUUGUGGCUGAUGAAACUGAAAGAGCAUUUUCCUUUUGUGGGACUAUUGAAUACAUGGCACCAGAUAUUGUCAGAGGGGGAGAUUCAGGACAUGACAAGGCAGUUGACUGGUGGAGCUUAGGUGUUCUAAUGUAUGAGUUACUAACCGGAGCAUCUCCUUUCACUGUUGAUGGAGAAAAAAAUUCCCAAGCUGAGAUAUCUAGGAGAAUAUUAAAAAGUGAACCUCCAUAUCCCCAGGAAAUGAGUGCCCUAGCUAAAGACCUAAUCCAGCGUCUUUUGAUGAAAGAUCCCAAGAAGAGAUUGGGAUGUGGCCCACGAGAUGCUGAUGAAAUCAAAGAACAUCUCUUUUUUCAGAAAAUAAAUUGGGAUGAUUUAGCUGCCAAAAAAGUAUCCGCACCAUUUAAACCAGUGAUCCGAGAUGAAUUGGAUGUGAGUAACUUUGCUGAAGAGUUCACAGAAAUGGACCCCACCUAUUCUCCUGCAGCCCUGCCCCAGAGCUCUGAGAGGCUGUUUCAGGGCUAUUCCUUCGUUGCUCCUUCUAUCCUCUUUAAGCGUAACGCAGCUGUCAUAGAUCCUCUUCAGUUUCAUAUAGGAAUUGAACGUCCUGGAGUGACAAAUGUUGCCAGGAGUGCGAUGAUGAAGGACUCUCCAUUCUAUCAACACUAUGACUUAGAUCUGAAGGACAAACCAUUGGGAGAAGGAAGUUUCUCAAUUUGUCGAAAGUGCAUACACAAAAAAAGCAACCAAGCAUUUGCUGUCAAAAUAAUUAGCAAAAGGAUGGAAGCCAAUACUCAGAAAGAAAUAACAGCUCUGAAACUCUGUGAAGGACACCCCAAUAUUGUGAAGUUGCAUGAAGUUUUUCAUGAUCAGCUUCAUACAUUUCUUGUGAUGGAACUUCUGAAUGGGGGAGAGCUAUUUGAACGCAUCAAGAAAAAGAAACACUUCAGUGAGACUGAAGCUAGCUAUAUCAUGCGGAAGCUUGUUUCAGCUGUAAGCCACAUGCAUGAUGUUGGAGUGGUACAUAGAGAUCUAAAACCUGAGAAUUUGUUGUUCACUGAUGAAAAUGACAAUUUGGAAAUUAAAGUAAUUGACUUCGGGUUUGCACGCCUCAAACCACCUGACAAUCAGCCCCUUAAGACCCCGUGCUUCACCCUUCAUUACGCAGCCCCAGAGCUUCUGAAUCACAACGGCUAUGAUGAGUCCUGUGACCUGUGGAGUUUGGGUGUCAUCUUGUAUACAAUGUUAUCAGGGCAGGUACCAUUCCAGUCUCAUGACAGAAGUUUGACAUGCACCAGUGCAGUAGAAAUCAUGAAGAAAAUUAAGAAGGGAGAUUUCUCCUUUGAAGGAGAAGCCUGGAAGAAUGUAUCCCAAGAGGCUAAAGAUCUGAUCCAAGGACUUCUUACAGUUGAUCCAAAUAAGAGGCUGAAAAUGUCUGGCUUGAGAUACAAUGAAUGGCUUCAAGAUGGCAGUCAGUUGUCCUCUAAUCCUCUGAUGACUCCAGAUAUUCUGGGAUCUUCAGGAGCUGCUGUGCAUACCUGUGUGAAAGCAACCUUCCAUGCCUUUAACAAAUACAAGAGAGAGGGGUUUUGUCUUCAGAAUGUCGAUAAGGCCCCUUUGGCUAAAAGAAGGAAAAUGAAGAAGACAAGUACCAGCACAGAGACACGUAGCAGCUCCAGCGAGAGUUCCCACUCUUCCUCCUCCCAUUCCCAUGGCAAAACUACACCCACCAAGACGCUGCAGCCCAGCAACCCCACUGAUGGCAGUAACCCGGAGACCCUCUUCCAGUUCUCGGACUGAGUGGUAUGGGAAUAGUAGGAUGUCCUCAGUGACCCCUUGCACCUUAGCUCCCUCAGCAUGUGCCUGAGGCAUGUGCUUUAAAAAAAAAUGUGUCCCAUUGGUCUAUUUGGAAUCUGCCUCUUAAUGAAUUUUUUUAGGGGAAAACCUGUUUGGUUAUCCUUGUCCAAAAACACUGGACAGAGAACAUUACUGUGAAUAGAGCAAGCACACAUGAUACUUUUUAGCGACCUAGCACAAUGCCAGCAGGAUUCUUUUUGAAACAGCAAAGGUUUCUGUAAUUUAAGUAGUGACUGGUUAAAUUGGAACUGCCUACAACCUAAGUCAUAGGUUUUCACAUGCCUGCCAAGAAGACCUGAUGCCUUUUGCUAUGCCUGAUAGCAAGGUGGGUUUUUAAGAGACUUACACCCUUUGAGUAAUGGUUUAUCAGAGAAAAGGGUCUGUUUUCAAAAAAGAUGCUGUAAUGAAUUUUAUGUGUGGCUUAUUUCUUAAGAGAGAAUUUUAACUUAUUGUUUUUAUUUUAUGGUUAUAUAUGCUGAUAACCUAGUAUUAUUAAUCUUUCUAAAAAAUGAAAAAAAUAUUUAAGAACAUGAGGUCCCAUGCUUUGCACUUGGGAUCCAUCCGAAAUGCAUGCUAAGCUAUGUAUGUUUUUAAUUUUGCACUGCUCUUUCCUGGCAGUUUGUUUUAAUGGUUAUUACAGGAUAUUAAGGUACAUGUCUCAAUUUUACAUAAUAUUGCACUUUAUAAAAGAGUAUCAGUAAAGCAAUCUGUUUAUAAGGUGCACUGUUUAAAGCAUAUGUAUUGUCUUUUUGCCAUUUUUUUCAUUAUCUACUUUAAAUUUGUCCCAUAUCCCUCUUCUACCUUCUGUACUACAAGUAGAAAGGGGUAUGUUGUAUAAUGAGUCAUUAGCCACUUAUGCACCAAUAUGAGGAAAAACUAAAGGGAAAUUAUACUCAACACUGUGCUUCAUAUUUGUACACUGUGUUGUACUACAGUGAGACAUUUCCUCCUGUAGUCAUAUAUUAUGUAUAUAAUAUUUUAGAAUCAUACCUAUGCUUAUUUUGAAAUUUUUCUGUUAAAUUUUAAAUCCAUAAGACAUUUUAUAAACUUAAGCAGAGCACUUUUAUUGCUCAGAAGUUCUGAGUUCAUACAGACAACAAGUACUAUGUCAUGAAGACAUUUCUUUGAAAGACUGCUGCAUUUUAAAAAUACAAAUUAAUUAAUUCCCUAUACAAAAAAACAAAAUGAUAGGAUUUGUAUGUAUUUUUUUUCUUUUAAAGCCAUUAUAUGAAAUGUCAGGACUGAGAAAAAUGAUGUUUGCUGUGUUUACAGGAAUAAUGUGUAAAAAGAUAAUGCCCAUCAUGUUUAUUUUAUAGUUUUUGUUAAUGAUAGACUCUUAAGCAUUAGUUUGGAAUUUGGACAUGAUAUUUAUUUAUCCCUUUCUUAAGGUAAUAGCAGCAUUAAUUUCAAUCUGUGAUGAAUACUAAAAAUAUUGCACUCACUGUAAUGGUAGUAUAUUUAUUACUAAAUCGAUGUAUAUAUUAACAAUACAGGCAACAAAAAUGGCAAAUAUUAAAAUAUUUUCAAAACAU